AUGGGUCUUGAUUCUAGAACCGUGCCGACAUGGUUUGUCUACCCUAUGCUUAUACAAAUCAUGGGAACUGAAUAUUUUGUCACUAUAUCAGCUUUGUCAAAUGGCAGAAGUUUCCACCUUAAUGAACACAAAGCUUAUGAGAUUUUAGGAAAUGCAUAUCUCACUGUCGCAAGGCAUCUUGGUUUGUUCUUACAGAUAAGCCCCUACUUGGAGGAUGACAUGCUUGGGAUUGAGCCGCUCAAGUUAUGCUUUCCUUUUGAGCUCAACAGUCAGAUAUCAUGCUCACUUAAGCUAACCAAUGAGACAUAUGAUUUUAUUGCAUUCAUCAUCAAAACCACAAGCCCCCUGCAAUACUGUAUACAACCAAAUAAAGGCUUUGUGGCUCCACGAUCGAAGUUUGGUGUCAACAUAACAAUGCAACCACUAGACAAGGCACCAGAAGACAACUACACUGGUGAUUUUAUUGUGCGGAGCACCAUAGUGAAUGAGAAUCUUGAGGACAUAACUGAAGAUUUAUUUAGAAGAGAGGAGGGUAAAUUGGUGGAUGAGGUGAAACUGACGAUUGCAUAUAAGGCCGAGGAACCCCAAGUGGAUGUGCCACUUGGGUCGCCUAUAAUUUCAGACACAAGAAUUUUGCACGGUCCACAUGUAUCCACAGUGCUGUCAACUGAGGCAGAAUCCAAGAUAAGUGCAUCUACCUCAGAUGAGGUGAUCCAGAUUGAUCCCCCCGAUCUCUGCUUUCCCUUAGUGCCAGAUAAAAAGGUGUUAUCCUCAGUUAAAAUAAUCAACAUUACAGAUCUGUAUGUCAGUAUAGCCUUGACUUUAGUGCCGGAAGAAAACUCCAAAAUGUACUCCGUAACCAGUUCCUUAUUGGUCAUGCCACCACGGUCCACACAAUGGCUCAGACUAACAAGAAAAGAAAAGGAAGAUGCAGUAAAAGACGUGCAGUUCAAUGACGAAGUCUUUGUGUGGUACACAAUGGUGGCCGAAGAUAUCAAAGUCUCCGACCUUGACUUGGGGGAUUACAAGGAAUAUAAGAAGUUGCCUGUCGUUCUAACGAAGGCUAUGCCUUCAACAAGGAAUUAUCGCACAUGCGCCGAUGAUGGCGAGUCGAACACAAGGUUGAACUCCGGAUUCGCAUCCCCAAAGCCAAGUUCCAAUCCACCAUAUUCAGCAUGA